GGAAACCUUUUGUGGGUUUGUGUCUUUAUCUGUUAUUGGAACGUUGUAGCAAUACAAGAGACGAAAUCAUGGCAGAUCAGGGAAAGGCUGAAAGUAGUAUAGAACAUGGAGGUGCAGAUAACCAAAAUAUACAGGAGCUAGUGAACCAGUUGUACCAUUUUCGUGAUCAUUAUUUUGAGAACCACGGUGUAGAAGAUGCUUGGAGGAAACAACAAGACGUGGCACAAGAAAUGGAGAAGGUUAUACAGCAGCUGGUGAAACAUGAAGGCUGUUCAAAGAACAAAGCACAGUAUCUAUUGCUGAAAGGGAAAGCUCUGAAUGUGACCGUAGAUUAUAGCCCCAAAGCUGAGGAGGCACUGGCCAAAGCUGUAAAAUUGGACCCAACCUUGGUGGAGGCUUGGAACCAGCUUGGGGAGGUAUACUGGAAAAAGGGACAAGUCGUGGAUGCAAAAACGUGCUUCUCUGGAGCUCUUAAACAUUGCAAGAACAAAGUGUCAUUGCGGAAUCUGUCAAUGGUGCUGCGACAGCUGCGAGACCAAGGAGAGGAUUAUUCCAAGAAUGUAUUUGAGAGUGUCAACCAGGCUAAGCAAGCUGUUCAGAUGGACAUCAAAGAUGGCACCUCUUGGUAUAUUCUUGGAAAUGCCUAUCUUUCCCUUUUCUUUGUGACAAAGCAGAAUCCUAAAAUGUCCCAGCAAGCAUUGAAUGCAUAUGGCCAGGCGGAGAAAGUGGACAAAACUGCAUCUAGUAACCCUGAUCUACACCUGAACAGAGCUACACUGUUGAAAUAUGAAGAAGAUUUUCAGGGAGCUCUAGAGGGAUUCUCCCAUGCUGCAGCUCUCGAUCCUGCUUGGGAAGAACCCCCUCUCAGAGAACGGCAGUUGCUUGACUUCCUGGACAGGUUGACUGCACUUGUGACUAGCAAGGGUAAGGUGAAAGCUAAGAAGCUACAGCACUUGCAAAGCAGUCUUCGACCAGCUGAUUUGGGCCCUUGUGGAGAUGGCAAGUAUCAAACACCAAAAGGCGAGAAGAUCCCAUUGGAGCUACAGCCUCUGAGUGCCCUCAAACCUGGAAUGAAUGCUGCAGUGGUGGUCCUUGGGAAGGUGGUCUUUAGUCUCACAACAGAAGAAAGAGUGCCUUUUACCUUUGGUUUACUGGAUUCAGAAGGAUCCUGCUAUGCAGUCAUGGUUUACAAUAUGGCAGAGAGCUGGGGUGUACUAAUAGGUGACUCUGUAGCGAUCCCAGAACCAAACAUGAAGCAGCACCAUAUCCAGCAUAAAGGAAAGAGUUUUUCUUUCAGCAGUAUACGUGUGGAGACUCCUCUCUCACUUGUUGUGAACAAAAAGGUUCCAGGACCCAACAGCCAAGCCGUAGCAGUAGUGGCCUACAAACCACAGAGUGAGUGAUGGCAAGCUGCAGUUUUUUCCAUAGUGAACCUUCAAGGAUGGCCGUGUACUGUGCUUUGCAGCCAAGUCUUCAUCCAGGCAUGACCAGCACUUGGAAAUGCCGAGCACUUUGCAGCAGAUCGCUAGUUGUAAUUAGCAACAUCAGAGCUGGAAUCACAAAGGACAUAUUGAAGAAGAUCUGCAGCCCAAUGGAAAAAACCUUCUGGGUAUUGCAGUCAGUCUAGGGACGUAAAGGUGUACAGCAGCUUUUAUAAAUCAGUGCAGACUUUGGCCAAAAAAAAAUUGUUUAAUCCAUUAUUUUUACUUUAGGAAGCAAACCAAACUAUGGGGCUGGACUUGUUAUACCUUUUUGCUGUGUGUUUGGAUUGUAGAGAGAGAAUUCUUUGUACUGCAAAGGAAUAAGUUUUGAAUUCAGUAAUUCAUAUAUUGGUUUUGUGGAAUGUUUUAGCCUUUAUUUAGUCUGUAAACUUUGAGUUGCCAAUGAUUUAUCAUGAAAAAACAUGCAAUCAUUUUUCUGAAUCCUUUUUUUUUGUUUUCUCUUUCUACUGUCUGUUUUGUUUCCACCGUUUGUAAGAUGUGUGUUAUGUUAUACCAGAUUAGAGCUGUUAGCAGUCAGUAGUGUGGUUUACACACAUUUCCUUUUGGGUUUUGAACAAAGAAUGGAGUAGCCCUUAGGCAUGCCACUGUCAUAUUGAUAAACUUCCCAUGUUUCAUGCAGACUAACCUCACCAGAGCUUCAUCCAUAAUAACAAAGAAAGUCAGUUAGUACUUUAAAUCUGAAACAAACCCCAAAAAUUAUUUGUGGGAUCAACUCUGAUACACCUACGUGGAAAUAAUGCAUGCACACAUCCUUACUUAAGUUAUACUUCACUGCACAGGAAAAAGAAAACCCCAGAUAUUCUUGGAUUACUGUUACUGCACAUGUAGAAACACCACCAGCAGAGACUCCUUGUGUGUAAAAAAAAAAAAAAAAAAAAGGCAAAAGAGGAAUAUUUCCAAAUCAGAAAAUAAAAAUUGUUUUGGUUAAAUGUGUGCACUUUGGACUGAACUAAGUGUGGGAAAGCCGUUUUGUUACUCAUUUAGAAAUUUGCAUUGUCAGCCUUAUUUUAAGAAUGCAUAAAAGGAUGUACAUGAUAUUGAAUAGCAGACACGUGCAUCUUGAGUUAUUUAUGAUAAAGAAACUUCUAAUCCAUUCCAAACCCUACAUGGAUUCUGGUGCAAGGAUCACAUGUUCAGAAGUAUCUCAAGUCAUGGAACAAUGUAAUUUGUACAUUAAUUGUGAAAAUAAAGGUUCUGGGCUAUGAGUAAUGCAAUAAAUUAAGAUGUCAUGAGCACAUCUAAACUUA